UUUUUUUGUCCGGUGACUUGACGCUGACGGACCACCUCGAUAUGGCUGCAGCGGAGGGGAAAGUCGUCGAAGUGUCUCAAAAUGAGGACGAGGACAAACUGCAGCUGAUUAAAGGUGCCGUCUUUCUGGCCACGGUAUCGUCUCUGGGCCUCAUUGUGGGCUUCGGAUCCACGUUGGCUUUAGCCAAGAAGAACAACCCGGAUUGCUUCAACAAGGGCGCCACGGCCACGGCGGCGCUGCCCGAGAGCGGCGCGGCGCUAGCGCUGCGAGCGCUGGGUCGAGGCUCGCUGUACGCGUGCUGCGGUGUGGGCCUGCUCUGUUUCGGCGCCUGGAAGCUCCUCGGCGUUCACGACCUGUCCGACUUCCGACAGAAGAUGGCGUCGUUGUUCCCGCCCAUCCCCAAGUCGGACGCUGCGCCGGGACCCGACCCGCAAGAAUUGGAGUCGCUGUUCAAGUCCAAGUGACUCGGCGGCAGCGGCGCAAGUCGGACUCUUUUUGGAAUGCGUCGGAAGAUCUGGCGGCGCUUUCGAAGACUCGAGGUGCGUUCCGGGGCUGGUUGUGUGCCCAAGGACUGGUGGUGCGUUUGAGGACUCGUUGAAACAUUUUUUUGUUUGUGGUUAACUUCAACGUGUGAAACAUCAACCCUUGUUGACACGUUGAUGCUACUGUAUACAUAUGUGGAAUAUGAACACAUGACUGUGUCAUUUGCAGUGGAUAUUCAAAAGUCUGCACACCCCUGUUCAUGGCAGGUUUUCAAGUCCCUUUCUCCCAUUCAUUUGGCCUCUAAGAAGAAUCAGCAUCCUUAUUGUCAUCAACAUGCUAAUGAGUUCUCUCCAUUUUACCCAUCGCAGUCAUUACACACUUGUAGGUGGAACAUACUGGGUCGGGGUCGGGGUAUCAGUGUCUUUCCCAAGGACACUACAGCUUUGAGUCCUGGGGAUGGUCCAGACGGGGUCUUGAAUCCUUGAAGUGUGAGGCAUUGUUCCGAAAUAACUAACAAUGACAUUCAAGCUCCCCUUAAAGGACUGUCAGCGCGCACCUGCCGCCGUUUGACGUGCCUCCCGCUUAUGAAACUUUUUUUGGUCUGCUGCAUUUUACCCAAAUGCUUUUAGGAUAUUUGUUGUCUUUUUUUUUUUUUUUUUUUUUGGGGGGAAGGGUAAUAAUGCCCUCCAUCUUUCCACCUGACCUACUUCAUAGCCCGGACGCGAAGAAUACAGUUCAUUGUUGUCACUUGUGAUGAACAGGAAGUCAAAUGUUGCUGGCGGCGUCUCGGCUGCCUCGCUCGGCGCUUUUCUUCUCGUCUGUCCGUCAUUUUCGGAAGGGAUGCGGAGUUAUUGGUGCCUGGAAAACUGCUACGUUUCCACUCUGUUCCGCGGUCUUUUUACGGCCUCGGACCACGCGUGGCUUGCGCUGUAAGGCGUGACUACAAAAUUGUCAGGAGAAGCCGACACGAUCAGGGUCAGAAUCAGGAAUCGGCGGCAGACGCGUGCGGACUUUGAUCGGGGACGUGGAAGGGUGUGUACAUUUGUGCAACCACAUUAUGCCACUUUAGUUUUACUUCCUUACUUGCUCAACUGAAUGAACGUGUCUAUCACAUUUAUAGGGCAAAUCUUUAAAUUGGUAAUCUUGCUGAAUUUGAACCCAUUGAUGGGCAGGGUGGCAAUUUUUUGCCUUAUUGAGAUCAAAGUCUCCUAACGGGCCACGAUCAAGGAAAUAACUCUUCUUUUUCGUUUAGGGUUAAGUUAUACGAUAAUUAUAUAGCUAUUAAGGCAGCCAUGUUGGGUCAGGAAGGAAAUGGAAAGAACUCCAUGCUAACUUUGAGCCAUGAGUUAUCCUCUCUUGAUACCGAAUUAUGCCUUCAGAUUGCGUGAAAAUCACGAUGUCCCAAAAAUGGGACGCUGCCCACCAAUGGGUUAAUUGCACAAAAACCUGCCAUUUGAACAAGGGUGUGGACAGUUUUUUUUUUUUUUUUUUUUUUAAAUGUAUACUCUAGCUAUUUAGGGUUGUACAUAUGUAGUAUAUAUUUUAUUUGCAGCAAAAAAAAAAAAAAAAAACAUCUGUUUUUAGGUGCAACUUUGUGUACAUGAGUACCAAAUAAAUAAAAAUCAUACAAAUCUCA